GGAGAAGUUUGUAACGGAAGUGAGGAAGAUGGAGACAUGAAGAGGAGGAGGAUUUUACCCAGCAGCUCCCUGGGCUUUCUGAAGAAGAGGAGCACGACUGAGCUGCCCAUGUGACCCAGCAGUCCAGCCCCUGAGCAGGAAGCAGCUGAGAUGGAGCGUCGCCUGGACGACCUGCUGUCACGCAUCGCCGUGGAGACGCAGGAGAUCAGGGAUCUGGAGCAGCAGCUGACCGACGGUCAGAUUCUGGCCAACGAGGCUCUUCAGAGCGAGCUGAAGGACGUGAUCCGUGGACUUCAGGAGUACCUGAGAGACCUCAGAGAGCAGGCUGGACGCUCUCAGCAGCAGGUCCACCUCCUGGAGGCUGAGAACCAGAGUCUGCAGCGCCUCCUGGAGGACACGGCUCCAACACACACACAGGUGGAGCUGUCCGCUCUCUGGUCCGAGGCUCAGUCUCUGAGAGACGGGCAGGUGAAGCUGGAGGCGGAGCUCCUGCAGCUGAGGGCGGAGCUACCUCAGCAGGAGGAGAACCCGUCUCUGCAGAGACUCCAGGCCCGCUUUGACCGGACCAGGACCCAGGUGAACCAGUUUACAGAGGUUCUGUUAGGACUCCAGGAGGACCAGAGGGAACCAGAGGAGCUGGAGGAGGAUAAAAACUGUUCUGAAGACUUGGUCCACAGGACCAGAACCAGCAAACGAGCCCUGCAGCAGAACCACAGAUCCAGACUGCAGGACCGGCUGCACGGAUCUGAGAGCAGAACCGGUCCAGCUCAGCAGAACCUGGACGAGCAGCUGGAGUCGACCCGUCAGCAGCUUCAGGACCUGCAGCAGGAGAAGGACUCUCUGCGGUCUCUGAGCAGCAAGCUGCGGCAGCUCAGGAGGUCCGCCAGCGACGCCGACCGGCUGACAGCGGAGCAGCUGAGGUCCACCACAGAACAGCUGAAGGUUCUGAACGACACCAUGGAGCUGCUGGACCCCCAGAGACGUUUGGACGAGCCGCAGCUGAGGGCAGAGCUGGACCGGACUCAGAGCCAGACUCACAAACUGAGGCAGAAACUGGACCGGAUCAGAACCAGGAUCAGGCCUGAUGGACUCAGUGCUCCCAGUCUGGUCUCUCAGGGGACUCAGGACUCUGGUCUGGAGCUGCAGUACCUCAGUUCUCCUGACAGGGGGCGGCAGCUGGGCGGACCCCAGGAGUGUGUGUGUUCACAACCUGCAGAGUCCAGUGACUGUAGCUUCAGAGGGGGGCCUCCUGGUCCAGCUGCAGACCCUCAGAACCCCCUGACCGGACCCACCUGGAUGCUCUGUGGUCCUCCAGCAGGGGGCGCUGCUCCGCUCUGCAACGUCCACAAACACAGAGUCCAGCAGGGGGGCAGGUGUGUGUCGAGGUGUGUGCUCUCAGAGCAACUGGAGGAGGAGAAGAAAAAGCUGCGGAUGGAGACGAAACAGCUCCACCUCAAACUGAGACGAGUCAGGUGGACGUUCUGCAGCUCAGACUUCAGGACGGCGCCACCUGUCUGCUUGAGGAGACGCAGCACCUCAGGAAGCUGCAGGAGGAGGUGGAGCUGAUGAGGAGGAGGAGGGAUGAAGAGGAGGUGGCUCUGAGGAGCGGACGUCAGGAGUACCAACAGCUCAGCACCAAGAUCCAAACAGCUGUGGACAGACUGGCUGGUUUGCUGUGGGACUGUCAGGAGGCUCAGAGGAGUCUGGACUCACUCACCUGUCAGGUAACAUCUGUUUCAGGCCCGAUGGCACCGCCGUCUGUGGAGCCAACAGAACUGAGGGCUCUGCACACCCAGGAGGUCCUGACAAAUUCAGACCUGUUCAAACUUCCACACAAGUCUUUGUCCCAGAGCUCCGCCUCCAGGUGUUCCAGGUGUGUCACCUCCCUGCUGUCACUGUUGACAGACAACGAAGAACCUCGGCGCUGCAGCAGCUGCUGUCCACCUGCAGCAGGAGACGCUGCGGAGAGAAACCAUCUUUAAUUCUUACACUGAACAACAGCGCCACCUGCAGGUUCAUUUUACUGAAACAACAGCGCCAUCUACAGGCAGAUUUUACUGAAACAACAGCGCCACCUGCAGGCUGAUUAUACUGAAACAACAACGCCACCUACAGGCUGAUUUUAAAGUUUACAUAAAGACUUUUUAUAUUUAAUUUUCAUUUAAUUUAUAAUCUUCAUACAAAAGUGUUUCACUUUAUAUUUUUCAUGUAUUUUUGUUACUUCAUCUUUUAUUUAUGGCAUUUGUAAAACUU